GCGGCGGAACGACGCCUCGCCGCCCCCUGAGGAAGGGCCGGGAGCCGCGGCGAAAACCCCUCAUUCCUGGAAGAAUGGUGAAACUGGGGAAUAAUUUCAGCGAGAAGAGCACAAAGCAGCCCCUUCUGGAGGAUGGCUUCGACACCAUCCCCCUGAUCACACCCCUGGACGUCAAUCAGCUCCAGUUCCCGCCUCCCGACAAGGUUGUGGUCAAAACGAAAACAGAGUAUGAACCUGAUCGCAAGAAAGGAAAAUUCCGUACUCCAAAAAUAGCUGAAUUCACAAUCAGCAUCACUGAAGGGGUUUCAGAAAGAUUUAAGGUAACUGUGCUGGUCCUUUUCGCCCUUGCGUUCUUAACUUGUGUUGUAUUUCUGGUAGUCUACAAGGUUUACAAGUACGAUCAUACCUGUCCAGAAGGAUUUGUUUUCAAGAAUAAUCAAUGCAUUCCAGCUGGGUUGGAAAACUACUACUCUGAACAAGACUCCAAUGCUCGAGGGAAAUUUUACACAGUCAUAAACCACUACAAUCUGGCCAAGCAAACCAUCACGCGCUCAGUGUCCCCGUGGAUGACAGUACUGUCAGAAGAGAAACUGUCUGAGCAGGAGACUGAAGCCGCUGAGAAAUCAGCUUAGUGUGAUAAGCUAAUUAUUAACACUAUGUCAUUUGAAGGUAACUAAGGGACUUUAAGAAACUUUUCAUUAAAUAUAAUUAUGGAUAAUUUAGAGGUUACUCAUGUUUAUGGUGCAAUUGCUUCUGUUUGCUGAUACUGCUUUGCAAAAACAAAAAAACAUGCUGCAGAACAUUCAUGGGCAUAAAACAAGAUGCGUAUCAGCAUUGCUUUAGAGCUUUGACACCGUUUUCAAUGUUUAAAAAAAAAAAAACAACAGAUAUGUUCUUGCAGUUUAUUGGAUACUGACAGAUUUCUUCUCUGGAUUUUCAGGGCUGAGACCUUAAAAUGUGUUCUGUUGUCUGAACUGAUAUUUUAUUAAUUUUUUAUUGUUAGUCAUUUUGCAAACCGAAACACCACAGCCAUAACUAGAGUGAUCUCUUGUUUAGCUGAGAGCUGUGCUUAGUGUUUAGUUUUGGCUCAAGCAAAAAUGAUAAUCAGCACUGAUGUCAAGGGCAUAAUGUAAUGACUUGUAUGGAGAAAGGAAAAAAAAAAAAGUGUCAGGUAGCAUUUUUCUUACAUUUUCUUUUCUGUUAUUUAUUUGUAAGUGAUAACGAAGUUCCCUGCGAGAAGGCAUGCUCAAUGUUUUAUUAUUGCUGUCAACAGGAUUUAACUGCAUUUCCACUGUGGCUUUAGCAUCUUGGUAAGGAUGUGCACUGAAACACAAACUAGAUAGACACUAUGGAAAAACACAGACAAUUCUAGUGAUGGAUGUUGAGGAUAGCAUAAGAAUAUACGGUUAAGGAUGUUUGAAAGAGAAGUGACAUCUUUUGAUCGUACUUAAAAGGCAGAAAGCCUAUUCACAGUAGAUGUAGCCCGCUAUGUAACUUGAUGGAUACAGCAGAGGGAGUGAUGUAUCUGAAUUUUCUCUUUUGUUACAUUGACAUUUACCCUUUUUAUAAAUUAGAGCUUUCAGUUCAUGUAUGGUUUGCGGUUUGAUACUUUUUAAACACAAAGCAUCAAAACAGUAGCAUCUUAGUAACACAAGUGGCUGUUGGAAAGCUCCAUGUGAAACUGAGUGAAGAGUAGAACUGUUUAUGUAUGGCUUGGGAUGGACAAAGAUGUAGAAGAACAUAGUAUUGUGGAUGCACGUUCAAGUUCCAUUGUAAUUACAAACUUAACUAUUCUUUGUGUGAAACCAUGUUUUCAUUUUUAUUAUAAAUCUUAAAUGUAUUACAAAAAAGGCAUCAUUAAUUUAACAGACAAGGGUGUGAAGUAUGUGGGUAAGCAGAUACCCUUUCUUUUUCAUUUUAUUAAAUGCAACAGCUUCUAGUGGACAUGUCAAGAAGUUCCCUUGGUAGAGACUACACAAAAAUGAAGGAAAAACAUCAGGAUGCAGAGUAGAACAUUGUCAGCUCUGCUUUUAUUUUUCUCCGGUAGAAUCACAUUAUCAACAGCCUUUCUUUCAGCAGUACAGUAAAAAGAACCAUUAUUACUUAAUUUGAUAUGAAGUAUGAAUUACACAGUAGUACUCAUAAAGGGAUUUUUAAGUAAUUGUAGGUGGAAUGCUUAAAAGCAUUAAGUUAUGUGCCAAAUGUUACCUUGCAUUUAAAAACUACAGACUUAUGUUCAGAUUUUCAAAAUUACCCCAGUUGCAUUUUCUAGUAGGCUUAUAUUUCAUUGAAUGUAACUUUUGACAUUUUCACUCUGUAAAGAAUGAUUUUCUCGUUGCAUAUGCCUGUAAGUUGGAUAUGCAUGUCAGAAGAGAGUUAACAAAACAGUUGUUGAUCACCACAGUUACAGAAGCCAUUCAGAUGUUACAAGAGGGAAAGUUUUCUUCCCCAGGACUGUCCUACAUAGAAAUGAUCCACAGUACAUCCUCCUCCUUUAAAAUUUAGCACACUAAGAACAGCUUUAAUGCAUAAGUAAGUACUGAUAAGAAACCUUACUUCUCUCAUGACAACAAACAUCACAAAACAUGGAGCUGUACAAUCUAAGAGACAGUGACUGCUCUGCAUUCAAGAGCCAAAGGAGUUUUUCCUCUGAUUUAACAGGAUGAAGUUUACUGAUUCUUAUCUACAGUUGGUUUGGGGACUUUCUUUAGUUAACAAAUUGCUCCCAAGUUCAGUACUUUGAAGGGUUUGGCUUUAAUAUUGUCUAUCCUUUGGCUUUGUUCCAGCACUCAGACCAUCUGUUUUCUGCAGUCUGGUUGGCUGCAUUGCUUUUUCUCUUCACACCCCACAGUAAAGCUCUGUAGCUGAUUUUUAAAAUUAUUAUUAAAUCAACAUGACAAAACAGUUUCCAAGGAUUAGAAGCAGAGGUCAUAAUACACCUGCAAAAUGAUCACUGUGUAUUGAAGUAGUAUGAUUAAAUAAAAGCCUGAGACAGU